AUGUCCAGCAGCAACGCGUCAUCAACACCUUCAUCCCAACAGAAUCUUGUGGGUUUAUAUCGACACGGAACACUCGGAGUACAAUUGCAAAAGGCUUUGGAUCAAUUGAAAGAACAAGAUAAAGUAUCAGAUGUGGUGAUUGAAAGAGUGAUGAAGGUUUUUGAUAAGAGUAUUUGUAAUGCUUUGGCAACAAAACUCAGCAACAAAAUGACGCUGAAGGCCGAUCAAUGUAUUACAUUUAAUUUUAAUAAUAAUGUUUAUGUUUGGACUCUAAAAGAUGUUCAAGUUAAAUUGGGCAACCAUAAAUGUAGUAUGCUGGAUUACGUGAAAAUUGUGGCGUGUGAUGGAACGACAGCUGCGGCCAAAAAACCAACGUCCAAGAAGAGAAAGAAGUAA